UAUAUAUAGAGGAGCAUAGCUCGUAAGCUCACCACCAUCACACAAUCCAUGCCUCUUGGUUUUUCUUCUUCAGCUUCUUGAUUCUAAUCUUAGUGUCGUAAUAUUAUAAGAAUAGGACAAAAAAAAAGAUUUGGGGCUCUACGUGAAAAACAUGAAAACGCCUAGCAGCUCUGUGGGAAAGACCCAAGAGCGUUUCUCGAUUAGUCUCAUAUUCAGAUGCAUCAGAGUUCUCAUAAACAGAUCUAUUUCUUACUUAUCUUUUUAGAAAAAUUCCUUUCAAAUUUUACUUUCCUUAAGAAUAGUGUUCUCUACAUUUUUUUUCUUGGGUGUUCGUGAGAGGUUAUAUGAAUUUUUUGUCAUUAGUGUUCAUAUCGGAAGAAGAUGUCAAGAAAGCCGUGUUGUGUCGGAGAAGGGCUGAAGAAAGGGGCAUGGACCACCGAAGAAGACAAGAAACUCAUCUCUUACAUCCACGAGCACGGUGAAGGAGGCUGGCGCGACAUUCCCCAAAAAGCUGCGAGACAUUUACCUAGAAGAACAGACAACGAGAUCAAGAACUACUGGAACACGCAUCUCAAAAAACGUUUGAUCGAACAGGGUGUUGAUCCCGUGACUCACAAGCCUCUAGCUUCCAACUCCGGCCCUACUGCCACCACGCCGCCUGAGAAUUUGCAUUUCCUAGAUGAAUCUAGCUCAGACAAGCAAUACUCUCGGUCGAGCUCAAUGCCUUCCCUGUCUCGUCUUCCUUCCUCCGGAUUCAACACGGUUUCCGAGAUAGCCAGCAAUGUUGGGACACCAGUUCAGGUCGGUUCCUUGAGUUGCAAGAAACGUUUUAAGAAAUCGAGUUCGACAUCAAGGCUUCUGAACAAAUUUGCGGCUAAGGCCACUUCCAUCAAAGAUAUAUUGUCGGCUUCCAUGGAAGGUAGCUCGAGUGCUGCUACUACAAUAUCACAUGCAAGCUUUUUAAAUGGCUUUUCUGAGCAGAGUCGCAAUGAAGAGGAUAGUUCUAACGCAUCCCUGACAAAUACUCUAGCCGAAUUUGAUCCCUUCUCUCAGUCAUCGUUGUACCCGGAGCAUGAGAUCAAUGUUACUUCUGAUAUCGGCAUGGACCAGGUUUACGAUUUCUCACAAUUUCUCGAAAAGCUCGGGAGUGAAGGCCACAACGAACUGAAUGUCGAGUAUGGUCAUGAUCUUCUUAUGUCCGAUGUUUCGCAAGAAGUCUCAUCACCUAGCGUUGAUGAUCAAGACAAUAUGAUUGGAAGCUUCGAAGGUUGGUCAAAUUAUCUUCUUGACCAUGCUGAUUUUAUAUAUGACACCGACUCAGAUUCCCUCGAAAAGCAUUUCAUUAUAUGUCCAAGUCUCCAAGAUCUCAUGGGUUUCUCUGACAUUGAGAACCAUGCAUUGCGGAUCAAUUGGUAA